AUGACUGUUCCAGGAAAGAAGAUGAAGAAGCCCUGUGUAGUAAAAGGUCUACAAAUGAAGGAAGUUAUGGAUGUAGUUGUUAAAACGGUUAAUUUUAUACGUGCACGAGAGCUGAAUCACAGACAGUUCACUACUUUUCUAGCAAGUAUGGACAGCGAAUAUGGGGAACUUCUGUAUCACACUAAUAUUAGAUGGCUGAGUUGUGGAAAUGUUUUGAAGUGUUUUUUUGCACUUAGAGAGGAGAUUGAUUCCUUCAUGAAAAUGAAAAACAAGGAGGUUCCACAGCUUGCUGACUCCACUUUUAUCUGCAACCUUGCUUUUCUAACAGAUGUAACUGAUCACCUGGAUGCACUGAACUUGAAGCUUCAGCAUAGAAAACAGAUGAUAACACAGAUGUAUGACAGUGUUAAGUCAUUCAAAGUCAAGCUUACUUUGUGGCAGAAACAGCUGACUGCUGGCCACUUGGUCCAUUUCUCGACUCUGAAUUCCUUAGGAAAAGUUGAACCCAAAUCCUUGAAAGAAUAUGCAGAUAUCAUUUCUAACUUACACAAACAGUUUGAUGUGCGGUUUAAAGAUUUUAAGGCACUUGCACCACAUUUUCAACUUUUUUCAACACCAUUUGCUGUAGAAAUUGACAAUGUUGCAGAGGAAAUGCAGAUGGAGUUGGUGGAGCUUCAGUGUGAUACCAUUUUGAAGCAGAAGUAUACAGAUGUUGGAAUUCCUGAAUUCUAACGGUUUCUUUCACAAGAAAUAUUUCCCAUGUUAUUUUCUGCUUCUGCAAGGGUAAUGGCAAUGUUUGGAAGUACAUAUAUAUGUGAACAAUUUUUCUCAUGA